CUCUCUUUGCCUGUGCCCUCUCGUCCCAGCGCUGCGCUGCGCUUCCCCCGCCGGUCGCCCCCGCAGCCUAUGGCCCUGGAAGGCGCCGCUGCCGCCGCCUGUAUUUCUGCUGUAGGUUCCCACAUCCCUCUUUAAAAAUUCCGCCUAAAAAGAGAAGACGAUUUACCAAAUCUUUCGGGCCGUUAUCUCACGGCAAAAUCUCUGAUCAAGUUUACAACUAUCCAGAGGGCUUAGGAGAAGUGCUUUAUAGAGAACAGUUCGACUUCAACGCUGAGCCACCUUGGGAACCUAGCUGAUGAUAGUAGGGUUCCAUCUCCUAACUUGUCCAUUUUGUUGCAUAAUUUAAGGACCCGGAUAUAAGGCUUGGAAGCCCAUCCCUUGUGUUUCUUGGUUUAUGACUGUCGGCUUUGUGGAAUACGGCUGAGAUGAAAGGAUUUCUUGAGGAUGCAAAUUACUCCAUUGGCCUGUUGGAUGAAGGAGCAACUCUUGCAGACGUUAUUGACAACUGUAUUUAUGAACAUACUCAUACUGGAAAAAGAGCAUUUUAUGUUGGUGAUCUUGGAAAGCUUGUGAAGAAGAACAUACAAUGGCAGAACGUGAUGGCACCAAUAAAACCGUUUUAUCCUGUAAGAUGCAAUUCUACUCCAGGUGUACUCGAAAUUUUGGGGACUCUUGGCGUUGGAUUUGCAUGUACCAGUAAAUCUGAAAUGGCAUUGGUACAAGACCUGGGCAUUUCUCCUGAAAAUAUUAUAUAUACAAAUCCUUGCAAGCAAGCUUCUCAAAUAAAGUAUGCAGCGAAAGCUGGGAUAAACAUCAUGACUUGUGACAAUGAUAUUGAGCUGAAGAAAAUAGCACGUAAUCAUCCAAACGCUAAGCUCUUACUGCACAUUGCCACAGAAGACAUUACUGCUGAUGAGGAGAUGAAUAUGAAGUUUGGUACCACCCUGAAGAACUGUAGGCACCUCAUGGAAUGUGCUAAGGAGUUGGGAGUCCAAAUAGUUGGUGUCAAAUUUCAUGUUUCAGGCUCUUGCAAGGAACCACAAACAUACAUUCAUGCGGUAUCUGAUGCUCGGUGUGUGUUUGACAUGGCUGAAGAAUUUGGCUUUAAGAUGAACAUGUUGGAUAUUGGUGGGGGCUUCACAGGUUCAGAACUUCAGCUGGAAGAGGUUAAUCAUGUCAUCAGGCCAUUGCUGGAUGUCUACUUUCCUAAGGAAUCUGGUGUUAAUGUGAUUGCAGAGCCUGGAUUUUACUAUGUGUCAUCUGCAUUUACACUAGCAGUUAACAUCAUUGCAAAGAAGACUGUUGAGUAUGAUAAACUUCUUCCUUCUGGAGUGGAGCAAACCAGGAAUGAUGAUGAACCAGUGUUUACAUAUUACAUAAAUGAUGGUGUUUAUGGUUCUUUUGCAAGUAAAUUGUCUGAGAAACUGAAUACUAUCCCAGAGGUUCACAAGAAAUACAAGGAAGAUGAGCCUCUGUUCGCAAGCAGCCUUUGGGGUCCAUCCUGUGAUGAGCUUGAUCAAAUUGUGGAAAACUGUCUUCUUCCUGAGCUGAGUGUUGGAGAUUGGCUGAUCUUUGAUAAUAUGGGUUCUGGUACCUUAGGUGAACAGUCUACCUUUAACGACUAUCAGAGGCCACUGAUUUACUACAUGAUGUCUUUCAGUGAUUGGGAUGAGAUGCAAGAUGCUGGAAUUGCUUCAGACACAUUGAUGAAGAACUUCUUCUUUGUGCCUUCUUGCAUUCAGCUGAGCCCAGAAGACCGCUUUUCCACUGCAGCUUAAACAGGCAUUAACGCUUCAUUUAGACCUGCAGUUGCAAGUCUGUAGUUUGUCUGGUCAACAUUCCAGUGUGGAAGAAAUGGAACAAUCUUGAAUUCAAUUCAUUCUCUUCAAAACUUGAAAAAAUAGUAAUAGCUAAUGGGGACCAGGCAAAACAAGCUACAGCUACAAUUCACUGGGGGGGGGGGAGGGUUAGAUAAUGGCGUCCAAAUUAAAAAAUCAAGUUCAUUCAACCCCUGAGCGUUUAAAUAUGCAACAAAAUGGAUGACUUAGUGGAGAUGGAAACCCAUCACUUGGGUUCUUCAACAGUUUACAUACAAGUACACAGUUUUUAUACUAAGGAUUCCUGUUAGAACAGUCUUGUAAAGUUAUUGUCUUUCGCCCAGAUAUAUCAAAUGUCAGUGGGAGACCAGUGUGACUUCAUUAGAUGUUUAGUGUAUUUAGAAUGUGUAAAUUUGUGCUUUGAACUGUAGUUUAAUAAAUGUAAAAUUGCAUCAUAGUAUUUGUUGUAUUUGACCCUUGAUGUAUCCCUUGUAUGAUUGCAAUAAAACUUUGUGUAGAUUUUACUGUUUUUUAGGCUAACUUUGGGAGGGGCUAGGCAGAAGAGGUAGCUAUAAAAUAGAUGUAUACAGGAUUGUUUUGAGAAGCCUUCUUUUCUCUAGUCCAUUUUUUCAGCUUUAUAUUAAACCAUAAAUAAUUUAAGCUUGGUAAACCUGUAUGAAGUGAAAGGCCUAAGUUCCUGGAAGGCCAAAAGGCAAUUUGUGGUGGUUUUUUUUAGUAUGACCUUAGAUUUCAGUUCUUAACAAGAAACAGCAAACCUAAAUAGAUACAGAUGUACACAGAGAGGUAGUCUUUUAGCUAGUGUGCAUGCAGUGCCCCUGAGGCAGCAUGGGUUAGUCCAGCUCUGCAAGUUGUCACAAACCUUUUAGUGCUUUUUUAAAUGGUGUUUAUUGAAGAGUCUAACUUUCAGCUUAGGCUAGUUCUGUAUAGUGCUGACUCCUAGGAGAAGGGCUAUGCAAGUCUUCAGAAAGCUCAGAGCUCUCUUGUGCUGGACUUUAUUUAAUUAUAUCCACAACAUAAAGGUAAAGCACACUACUAAAGGACAUAUGCCAGCUGCAUUGAGCAACUGGAACUGCUGAAACUGUUCAGAGGAUUUCUUUACUCUGUUACUGGAGCCUCUUGAUUUCUUCAAGGUCCUUUUUUUACUUUCUCACUAUAACUUCCACUCCUUGAAAACUGUGGGAGGGAGGAGAAGGGGUGUCAGGGCUUUCACAUGAGUGCAUUAAGUUCUGGAUCCUGCAGUCAAAGGGUACUUUUUAACCCUUUAGUUGGAGGUAAAAUUUCUGCCUUUUGGUUGCAAGUGUGUAUUACAUGAGUGCCAGCUGGUAAGAAAUAACUUCUGGCUCUGUAAAGAAAAGAUUUCAUAGAACUUGAUGAACUUUUACUUGAAAGUAAAGAAAAUUCUCAAUUUGGACUUGUCAGAACAGUUUUACAGGCCAGCUAAAAGAGGUACAAAAUGGCUUAUGUUUUGAAGAUACAGUCUAAGAAAUAUUUAUUACUGGAAUUAAAUGAGGGAGUAAAUGAGAGUGGGGAAAACUGUUUUGUUUGGCUGUGUUUUUCUUAAACCUGAAGUUAUAAGCCAUCCCCAUGUUUCAAGAAGUGAUAUGCACUUCAGUUUACUAGUUCAGGUCUUUCUCUUGACAAAACAGACUGCUGCAUGGUUUUUAACUAAAUACAAAUUACAAUUGCCUAAGAUAAUUUAACAGGAUUCUGUUAUGCAGUCUUAAGGAGAGGUGGUUUAUGUUAACUUGCAGAUCAGCUGAAAAAAAUUCCUCUAUAAAUGGUCAGAGCAGAACUAUUCAUUGUACUUGAAGACAGCCUGCCAUUAAAAACAACCUGGAGUUUGAACCCAGUAUGUAUUUCAAUUUGAUUUGCUAAGUGUUACUAUUUAUAUUGUAAUCGCAAUUCAGAGUUUUACUCAAAAUAUAAAAGCUGAGUGGUUUCUA